AUGGGAGAUUAUCACUUUGUGUAUAAGGAUGUAGAAGGAGCUUCAACGCAAUGGGAUGAUAUACAGAGAAAGCUUGGAAAUUUGCCAGCAAAACCACCAGCUUUCAAGCCACCACCUUUCACUCCAGCUUCUGAUCAAGAUUCAAUCCCUAAAGACAAAUCCUUUCUUGAUUCCAAAACUGAAGAGGAGCUCGAAGACCUUGAAGAUGAUCUCGAUCUCGAUGAAGACCGCUUCCUCCAAGAGUACAGGAAGAAGAGGUUGGCAGAAAUGAGGGAGGCUACAAAGAUUGUGAGGUUUGGAUCAGUGGUGCCAAUUUCGGGGUCGGAUUUUGUGAGGGAAGUGUCGCAGGCAGGUCCGGAUGUUUGGGUUGUGGUGCUUUUGUAUAAGGAUGGGUAUGCGGAAUGUGGUGUGCUCAUGAAAUGUUUGGAAGAAUUGGCAGUGAAAUAUCCAGGGACAAAGUUUGUCAAGAUUGUGUCUACUGAUUGUAUACCGAAUUAUCCAGAUCAUAAUCUUCCUACUUUGUUGGUUUAUAAUAAUGGUGCUGUGAAAGCUAAUUAUGUUGGAUUAAGGAGUUUUGGACGGAGAUGCACACCUGAAGGUGUGGCCUUAGUUCUCUGCCAAUCAGAUCCUGUACUAAAUGAUGGUCAUGGUGGAACUGAUGCAUCAAGAGAUUCUGUGAUUGAAGGAGUUCGGAGGAGGCUCAUUGAGAAGGUUGUAAAGGAGCACGAAGAUGACGAUGAUGGAUCAUCAAGUGAUUAG